GGGGGGUGGUUUGAUUGCGACUCGAGCUUCUAUGCUAUGCAAGUAAAAUACAAAAGAGCUGUCUGUCCUCACCUUGAUCCUUCAAUCGAUCUCAUCUAUCAAAUCUCCGUCGCGACCUUAAUUCUCUUCUCACACAAAUUCCUUUUGAUUGCUAACUGUGCUCUGGCUUGAAUCGCCUGCAUUGAAACUUCAGCUUAUGAAGGACUCUUGUUUGGCUGUUGGGAACAGGUGGCCUAGCUUGUUUUACAAUUAUUGAUAAUCUGUUGUUCACUCUCCUUGACCAUUUUGUGUCCUUCGUCUUCCCAUUGAUGAAAUGGAUUCAGGAUCCAACAACUCCUCUCCCCAACCCGUUGCUCAAGCUUCUGAUGUUGAACCUCCAGAACCAGCUGUCAAUGGAGGCAAUAAUUCUGCACUGGAAUCACUAUCUGUGUCAUCCUCUCCAAGCAAAACCUCUGGCGCUACAAGUUCGAAACUCCCACAGCCCAUAGCACCAGAGGGAAUGAAAACAGGAGCAGCUGGGUUGUCUACAUUCUCACGUUUCACUAAUGGGCUUGGAUUGCAUUUUCCUUCAAAGCCUUCUGGUGCAGAAGAGAUUGCUGAAAGUACCUCGGAUUCUGCACAAGCGGGCAUCUUUGAAUCAUUCACAAAAGGUUUAUUUGAUACAUCCAAGAACGCAGUGAAGGCUGUGCAGGUCAAAGCUCGUCAUGUUGUCUCUCAGAACAAACGGAGAUACCAGGAGGGAGGAUUUGACUUGGAUAUGACUUAUAUCACUGACAAUAUUGUUGCUAUGGGGUUUCCUGCUGGUGAUUUAAGCUCUGGGAUUUUUGGAUUUCUCGAGGGGUUUUACCGCAAUCACAUUGAAGAAGUAAUCAAGUUCUUUGAAACUCAUCACAAGGGAAAAUACAAAGUAUACAAUCUUUGUUCGGAAAGGUUGUAUGAUGCAUCACUUUUUGAGGGGAAGGUGGCAAGCUUCCCAUUUGAUGACCAUAACUGUCCCCCACUUGAGCUCAUCAAAUUGUUUUGUCAAAGUGCAUACUCGUGGUUGAAGGAGGACAUUCAAAAUGUGAUAGUUGUCCACUGCAAAGCUGGCAUGGGAAGAACAGGAUUGAUGAUUUGUAGUCUUCUUCUGUUCCUUAAGUUUUUCCCAACUGUUGAAGAGGCCAUUGAUUACUUCAACAAGAAAAGAUGCGUAGACGGAAAAGCUCUAGUUCUACCAAGUCAGAUUAGAUAUGUCAAAUACUUUGACCGUAUCUUAACACAGUUCAACGGAGAAAAUCAGCCUGGACGUAGGUGUAUGCUUAGGGGGUUUCGACUUCACAAGUGCCCGUAUUGGAUUAGGCCCUCCAUCACAAUCUCUAAUCAUACUGGGGUUCUGUUCUCAACGAAAAAGCAUCCAAAAACUAAGGAUUUGAAGCCAGAAGAUUUUUGGAUUAGAGCACCAAAGAAAGGGAUUGUGGUCUUUGCCAUACCAGGGGAGCCUGGUUUGACAGAGUUGGUUGGAGACUUCAAAAUUCAUUUUCAUGACCGGCAGGGAGAUUUCUACUGUUGGCUGAAUACAACAAUGACAGAGAACAGGUUCACACUAGAUGGCUCUGAUCUUGAUGGCUUUGAAAAGAGAAAUUUGCCUUCUCCAGGAUUCCAAGUUGAAGUUGUGAUGAUAGAUUAUGAUGGUAUUCGACCAACAACUUCCAAAGCUGAUUCUGUAGGCAAAGUGUCCGAUAGUAGAUCGAGUUAUGCUCCAGUUCAAAGUGGUGGGAUUGGGGCUAACUCUAAUCAAAAUAAAGUUCCUGUGCAAGAAGACAAUGAUGAUGUAUUCUCAGACAGCGACGGAGAGCAGAGUGGGGCUUCAAAAGGCAGGAAACCUCAAGCUGCCUCUGAAGUCAUAGCUGGUCAACCCCAUCAUGUACCCAAUGCCAGAGAUGGAAAGUUGGAGAGUUUAACACAUGGAACUGAACAGCUAUCACUUGGGAGAGAAGCAUCAUCAAAGCCUGCCUCAGGCCUUGAGAUUCCUAGCAUGGGAUCUGUAGGGGCCAGCGAUAUUAAGGCAAUUGCUGCUGAUGCUUCAGUAUUCUCUUUUGGAGAUGAAGAAGAUUAUGAAAGUGACUGAUGCAUUGUUGCCAUGUACCAUUGACACCUUUUCAUGGAAGGUAAAAACUCAUCUCUUUGGGUAUUGUUGAUUUGAAUUUAAGCAUGAAGGGGAAGAUCUCUCUUAUUAUAUAUACUAUUCUUAACCAGGGUUA